AACCUGAAGGUCCUAAGAAUCUACCAUUGUGAGAAAUUGAUCAACAUCUUGCCUUCUUAUCUGCUGCAAAACAUACACAAUCUGGAACAGCUUGAGGUAGGCAUAUGUGAUGAGCUGCAAGAAGUAUUUCACUAUGAUGGGCUUCUGGAAGGGUGUGCAUUGGUCUCCAAAUUAAGAGCUUUGCAAUUGAAACGUCUGCCGAAACUAACGACCAUCUGGAAGGGGGAAAUACCGCUUGGGACACUUGGGAACAUAGAGGAACUACACGUUGGCGGAUGUAACAUAAUGAAAAAUCUCUUCUCCCCUUGUCAAGCUCAGAGGCUCGAACGACUGGAACGACUUGAGAUAAAGGCCUGUGAUAUGUUAGAGAAAAUAAUCUCGAACGUGGGUGAGUUGAUGGUGAGGGUUGAAAGAAGUGCAUCCCUGCCGGCUAUCAGAAUAAAACCGUGGCGAACCUUCCAAAACCUGCAAAAGAUGAACAUAUAUCAUUGUAUUGGCAUGAAGAAACUCUUAUCCAUGAAACUAGCUCACAGUCUCAGGCAAUUAGAAGAACUCAAAGUACAAAGAUGUCCUAACAUGGUCGUGAUAGUUGCAAAAGACGAGGAUGAGGACGAAGAAGAAGUAGCAGAUCAGGGCCCACUCCAUCAGCUGAAGACUCUGACUCUACAUAAGCUCGAAAAGCUCACAAGUUUCAACCAAGACAGGUUGGUUCUUGAUUUGCCAUCAUUGGAGUAUCUCAAGGUGUGUGGUUGUCCAGAUCUGAAGAAGCUUCCGAUCGGACCUUGUUGUUUACUGAAACUGGAGAAGAUUGAAGGAAUGGAUAGGGAACGGAUUGACAGAUUGGAGUGGGAAGAUGAAACCAUCAAAUCACGCAUCCAUGAACUCCUUCAAGACUGAACAGUGACUUUACUAAGAUUGAGGCCUGUCUAUCAAAUAAAGGGAAAACGAUGGAGAGUGGGUCGCAGAUACUUUCAUGGAAAAGAUGGACCAGAAUAGGCCCAAUCAGAGGCAGAUGUGAUCAAGACCAUCAGAACCUUAACAGUCGUAUCUCGCAAAUCGGAAUGAGUUUUUGGACGGCUUUGGGGUGAGAGAAGCUAUUUUAGCCAACCAACCCACUAUGCCAGGUGGACCACAUUGGAAUUGUGAGAUUCCAUCAUAUCAUCAAAAGUCCAUUUUAUUUUCAUUUUUACUAUUUAGUUUGAUCAUAAAUUUUUAUCUUUGAGUCUUAGGAGUUGUGCCCAACAUGAAAAGAGCUUAGAUAAAUUAGGAGAAUAACAUGGUUAGGCCAAAUUGGAAACUUACUAUUUUUUUGGCCCAAAACCAUGAAACCUAGUAGGAAUCAUGACAGUCUAUAAAUAGGAAUUUACUAUUUAUAGUAAGUCAUGUUUCUAGGGAGUUUGAUCUGUUGGAGUUUGAGUCUAAAACUUUUUCCUAGGUUUGAGUUUGCUAUUUGAAGGAUUGUAAUUCUUUUUUCUUUUUUUUUUUAAUC